AUGGCCCCUCGACGAACAGCCCCUCAACCCCGAAGGACAUCCGCCAAACAAAAAGCACCGCCACGACCAAAAAAGAACUUGUCGCUCAACGCCUCAGGGCGCGACAUCACAAGCCAACUCGGUCUGCCUCAAGAUCGCCCACAAACACCCGAAUCUGUACAUCGCACCCCCAGCAUGGAUCCAAAUCAACUCCCUCCCUUCCAAACAGAUCCUCAGUUCCAGCCCCAACCCCAUUUCCCGCCCUCAUUCAACCCGCAGGAUUACCUAAUGGGGGGCGGCUACGAGCCGCCCCAAGACCAAUAUCACCCAUCUCAAGACCACUACCAGCCGCAGGACCACUACCAUCCGCAGGACCACUACCAUCCGCAGGACCACUACCAGCCGCAGGACCACUACCAUCCACAGGACCACUACCAGCCGCAGGACCACAACCAGCCGCAGGACCACAAUCAGCCUCAGGACCACAAUCAGCCGCAGGACCACAAUCAGCCGCAGGACGACUAUCAUCCGCAGGACCACUACCAGCCGCAGGAGGGGUUUGAGCAGGGAGGGUUUGAGCAGGGAGGGUUUGAGCAUCAGGGAGGGUUUGAGCAUCAGGGAGGGUUCGAGCAGGGAGGGUCUGAGCAGCAGGGAUUCCAGCCGCCGCCUCAAGACCAACCACACGAAGGCGACGAUGCUCGACCCGUGCAUCAAGAACUCGACCUCCAUGGCCACGGCGUGCGACGACAUAUGCGCUGGGACCUCGGGGACGCUGGUGUCCCGCGCGCGCAGCCACGUCCUCAGGUCGUCGGUGUCGCAAUUCCUCGCGAGAGGGAAUCUGAACGCGGGGAGUUUACUCAAGGGGUCAUCCAUGAACUACGUACGUCGCAAACUGUUGGCCGGCUUGGAACGCGUCCGGUCGACCGGCACCUACCUCCAACGCCAGCAUCAGUGCCAGCACCCGCACCCGCACCUGCGCCUCAACCAGCACCACCCCCACCACCCGAAACCACCGCACAAGCGCCAAAUGCGUCUAACGAUGAGGUUCCUGAUUCGGUUUUCACCGUAGAACUCGAUAAACCCACCAUCGAUUCCAUCAAACUCUCCGCGAAAGAAGAAUUACGUCGCAUGAUGAUGCAAGGGAGGGACGCUGUGUCGCCGACACGAAAAAAACGGGGGGCUGUCUUAGACAAAGCCCUCAAGAAGGCACGCAUUUCUAUCAUUGGUCAAGUUCGAUAUAAACCAUUCGAAAAAAAAAAGUCCGUUCGCGAAGAGCUCGUGACAUGUAUGUCGAAUGUACGGCGGGUAUUUAGAGACUACGCCGCCAACAUCGUUCAAACGGCACUCAAUCUACGACUACCUAUAUCCUCGGAACCUGGCGAGGAGGUCGCCCAUAAGGCAGUGCUAGUCCCGGAGCUAUUGAAGAAUUUGAACUUCUUGCAUAAGUCAGAGCUGGGUGAGGACGGCAUCAAACGGUUUUUGCUGCUGGAGGCGGAUUAUUUUGUCGAGAUGAUUGUCGACGUCAUCUGGCAGAAAGGACUUUACGAGUAUAUUGAUCCCCUCCGACUCGACAGCGCGAUCGCCCUCGCUGGGGCUGCAUUGCAGAAUGCGCUGAAAGCUUACCGGACGGGCAGGUUCGAGUCCGUCGAUGCUUCAGCAGAGCAGUUCUAUGACACCUACAAGGCGAUCCUGGUGCUGAUUGACAGCAUUCGAGCAGAUCCUGCUCUGAAAGUAAGGUACGAACGGCUUCAGGAACUUAUCGUGACGCGGGGUCGUGAGCGCAUGGGUCUUGAUCUCACUGAUUCGAACGACGACGACGAAUAG